AUUCCUCACUAGGAAGUUUUGUGUAGCUCUUCUACGACUAGAUAUAAAAAAAUUUGGCAAUUAACCUGUCUUAGGUUUCAGGGAUUAUUGUCUGAGAUUCACUUGGUUUUGAAUUGAAAGAGAGAGAUGGAAGUCAUGGAAGUACUUCACAUGAACAAGGGGGCAGGCGAAACUAGCUAUGCUAAGAACUCAAAAGUUCAGAGCAAGAUAAUAUCUAUCACAAAGACUGUAACCGAGGAAGCCAUAAUUGAACUAUUGUGCAAAAAUUUGCCGGAGAGCAUGGGCAUUGCUGACUUGGGUUGCUCAUCGGGACCCAACACCUUAACUGUGAUCUCAGAGAUAAUAGAUAUCAUAUAUUCCAAAUGCAGCAACCUAGGCUGCCCAACUCCAGAAUUUAGAAUCUGCUUGAAUGAUCUUUAUAGCAACGAUUUCAAUGAUGUAUUUGGGUCAUUACCAGCUUUCUACAACAAACUGAAGGAAGAGAAGGGUACGGAUUUUGGGCAGUGUUUCAUUACAGGUGUGCCUGGUUCUUUCUAUGGUAGAUUGUUUCCGAGAAAAAGCAUGCACUUUGUGCACUCUUCUUCCAGCCUCCACUGGCUCUCUCAGGUUCCUCCUGGGCUGGACCGCAAGGCUAGCCCAGCCAUAAACAAGGGGAGGAUAUACAUAUCCAAGACCAGCCCACAAAGCGUCUUAGAUUCAUACAUGCUGCAAUUCCAGAAGGAUUUUUCACUAUUCCUCAAAUCACGUUCGGAUGAAAUAGUACCGGGAGGGUGCAUGGUCUUGUCGUUCACGGGCAGGAAAUCUAUGGACCCUACUGCCAUAGAAAGUUGCCAUCAAUGGGAACUGCUCGCCCAGGCAUUGAUGAACAUGGUCCCAGAGGGUCUAAUCCCAGAGGAAAAGGUAGACACAUUCAAUGCACCCUAUUAUGGUCCAUGUGCCGAAGAGCUAGAAUUAGAGGUACAAAAAGAAGGAUCAUUCAUUAUGGAUCGGCUGGAAGCGUUUGAGAUUGAUUGGGAUGGAGGUGAAGACAUGCCAAACACAAUUAAUGGGACACUUUCAAGUGGGCAGCGAGUGGCCAAGACCAUAAGGGCUGUGAUUGAGUCAAUGCUGGAAACUCAUUUUGGAAGAGAUAUAAUGGAUGAUUUAUUUCAGAGACAUGCUGAUUUAGUGGACAAGCACUUGGCAAAAACUAGAACCAAGUACACAAACUUGGUCAUUCACCUUGUAAGAAAGGGUUGAAAAAUGUAAAGGCCUAUGGAAUCACAUUAUAUCUUAUAUGUGAUUUGGACUUAAUGUCCUAAAUUAACUAAGUUUUAUUAUGUCAACAGUCCGUAGAAUAAUGAAAUUAUCUCGUUUAUCUCUA